UCUACAUAUCAAGGCCUCGAUCUGCCCUUCUUGAACUCCCGUCGGUUUUCCGGCCUUCUCUCGUCUUUGUCAAUAGUCUGAACCGAAAUCUCGAUACUGCUUUUACGAAACAUUCUAGUCCAACUUCAACUUCAACUUCAACAGCCUCACAACAAACCUUGACUUACACAGACGACUUACACUCACCCUAGUCUCUCUCACUCUCAACAACCACUUCAAGAACGCAGCACCAACAGCCUCACAUCGAACUCGCGGCCACAAGUCCCCGUAGACCGGAUGGCCACCCGCCGGUGGUACCUCGAGACCUCUCCUGACGGCAAAUACCAAUUCGUCUCCCUCAAACGCUCCCGCUCCCACCAUCACCACCGCCAUCACCAUCAUCACCAUGAAGAACCAGCCCCAGCCCCUGCCCCAGCUCCGUGUCCGACCCCAACACCAGCACCACCAGUCCACCACUGCUGCCGCGACGACUGCGCACACAUCACCGCGCCCGAGUACAACGACCUCCUAGACCGCGAACGCAAGCUCCGCGAAUCCAACGACGUUCUCGCCCGCGAGAACUAUGCCCUGAAGUGCAGCCUCCAAGCCUCCGACAUUGAAGGCCGCCGCCUCUCGGCCCUCCUCAUCGCGUCGCAGGCGGAGAACCAGCUCCUGCGUGAGGACAACGACAGCUUGCGGCGCACUAUAGAGAGUUCGGGCGGGAACGCGGGCAAGUACCUGCGCGAGGUGGAGCGCUUGAAGCAUAAGCUGCAAAAGGUGGAGCGUGAGCUGGCGGCGAGGUUGAGGCAUGGAUUGCAUCAUCAUCAUCAUGGGCUCGGUCACGGGGUGGCGGAACGGAUUGAGGAGCUGAAGAGGGUUGUGCGGGCGUGGGAGGGCAAGUUUGAUGUUGUGGAGGAGCGGAAUCAGCGGUUGAGGAGGGAUUUGAAUGAGCAGCGGUGUGUUAUUGCGAGUCGGGAUGAGAGGAUCAGGGAGUAUGAGAGGAUUCUGAGGAGGCAUGGGUUUAUACGGUAUGAAUGAGGGGGAUGGGAUGGAUGUGAGGGAUAUACGUUUUUCUCCUUUGGAUUUCUUCUUCUUCUUCUUCUUCUUCUCCGUCUCUCCGGGAGAUGUGGACUUUGAGCGCGGUUGAGAAUAAGUGUCUUCAACAGUCGGAAGAGAGUCUCUUUCUUUGGUAGGACCAUUUGGUUGGGUAAUCUUUCAUGAGGAAGCCUCAUUGUAAGUUUUUCCCUCUCUUCGAGAUAUCAUGCCUUGGAAAAGAGUAC